GUCACUAAGCCGUUCGAGCGAGAGAGAAAACAUGGCCGGCGCUUUCUGACUUGGAAGCAUAAGCCCGACUACCUCAAUUCGAAGCUCUUACAGGUUAUGGACGCCCAAGACGCUACUGCAGAACAAGACAGGGCAAGCUGCUCCCAUCAUGGGAUGCAGAAUGGAGUUCUACCUGAAGAAGCACCUCAGAGUACGAACAAUCCUAAUGUUCAUGAUCCCGCACCUACGACCACGGCAGCAGAGUUUUUGAGCAGAGCGAUUCCAGCUGCGGCUGAACCGGAUAUGGUCGAACCAGCGUACGAAACGAUACCGGAUUCGGGAUCUUCAGCCUCGGGCCGUGGUGCCAGCUAUGCCGGCAUCGUGGACAACGAUGAGGGGAUCUCAAGCUCUGUUCACAGAGGCUUCAAGCAGAAGUACAACGUCAGAUGGAAGAGUAUAUGCAGAGGCACCAGAGCGAAGUUGGCUUUCAGUCUGGGAUACAAGCUUCAAGUGAACCUCAAGGGAAUGUUCAGCUACCUCAAAGUGGUCCUCAAGACCUACCUCAAGCAUCCGGCGGUCCUGCAGGGAGUGGUCCAGUUUUACCACCAGGUGAGCAUCUUGGUGUACAUGGCCCCCGGGGCGAGCGCCAAGGCAACGUACAGCGAGUACCCAGGACUGAUCCUCAAACAGGCAAUGGCAGGCCUCAGGACCAUGAAGAUAGUCUUUUCCGCAAUCCGCAGGUUGGCUUUCAGAAUCCGCAGUCAUCGGCAGUCCCCCACGAAGAUCCGGGAAUAG